AUUAGUUAGUUCUUGAAUUUGCGUACUGGUAACUGUUGUACGAGACUUUCUUGAAUACUUCUCCAGUGGUUUUAUUUUGCUCUUGUACUUUUUUGUUUUGGCGUUUUGUUAUGAAAGGAAUCAACCAUCUACCGGCUGUUUAAGGCUGUUUUUAGGUGAUUUCUUCAAUUUUGGUCCUGUGACUACGGGGAGAAGAAAUCCUCCAAUUGGUGUCAUGCUCACGAACGAAGGGCCAAAUCGUUCAACUGGGCCGUGAACCGGAUCGAUUACACUAAUAAUCUUUGAACUGGUCCUGUGACCCAGAUCGAAAUAUAGCAAGAAUCUUUCAACCUGUAAAUGUCAUGUUCCAAUUCCUGCAUUUAUGUGAAUAUGAUGUAGUUGCACAUAGAUACACAUUCCUUAAACAUACAGUAUGGUACAGAAUGGUUACCGGGGAAGACUGUGUAUAACUGAAAUUUCUUUGUUGCUGGUACCUCACUCCUACACUUUACCCCUGUUCUCUUCUUUUCACUUCAAUGCAAUUCCUUUUUUUCUUACCAUUCUUAUCUUUUGUGUCCUCCUGCUCCUUCUCUCUGACUCUGUCUCUCUCACAGCCUCACACUAGAUUGGCUGUAGGCAGUGUUCUGUUGCUUUGUAAAGCAGGGCAUCCUCUCCAUCACUGACUUCUCUUCUCUCAACACCUGUCUUCAUCCUGAUUUUUUUUUUUUUUUUUUGCAGUGGCUGCAGGCUAAAAGUCUCCGGCUGGUGCAACAGUCAGAUAUUGCAUCCAUUCCCUCCCCGGGCCAGGCUUAUGGCUAUGAGGAGGACGCCAUGGGAGUGCUCCACAGGCAGCAGCCUCCUCCAAGGGACACAACUCUGGGGCCAGCCUACUACAACCCAUUACCGUCAGAGAUGAGCUCAGUGCAGAAAUAUAAAGGGGUCCACUUUGGCAACAUGACAGGGAGAAGAGAUGCCGAGAUGGUGGAUGUGGGACCAGGUCCAGGUUAUUACUACCCUGAAAUAGUCAAAGAGACCCACUAUGAAAACAUAAGUCUCCAAAAGGAGCAGAAAACCAAGGCCAAACUUAACAUCCCUCGCUACCAUGAAUUGGUGACCAAGCAGGAGGAGAAGAAGACCAGCUUAGCAGCAAAAGGCUGGCAGGAGAAGACAUCGAUUCGAGAGUCAGGUUUCAGGUUGAGAGCUCUUGAAGAGGGGAACUAA